AUGACUGCUCCAACUUUGACUGUGACGGCAGCUCCAACCGUCCACAAGUCACAGUCCUUCUCAUGCCAACCAAAGUCGCAGGCAAAUCCCGGUCAUGCACAGCCGCAGCCGACGGAUUCUUCUGCUUCUUCCUCCUCUCUUUUUCUCAAUGAUCAGCAACAGCAGCAACAAAAUCGUCUAACCUCCAAAAGUCUUUCCAAUCUACCAGCAGCCACAGCCGCAGCCUUCGACUUUGACUUGCCCUCGUUGGACUUUGAUACCGGCAUUGACUUCGACCCAACAUUGCCCGUAAGCCGAAAGCUGCAGCUUAGCCCCAAUGAGAAGACUACACUCGCUCCAAACGCUGCGAAUCUCGAGGGUCCGCGGCCCCGGACAGACAAGAUGGGGAGGAGGAAGUCAAUUUUAGGACGCCCGCAUUCGUGGGUGCCGACCUCCAAAGCCACAGCCGACACUCGGCCUGCAAGCGAAAAGUCAACUGAACCCAAUGGUGGCCAUGUGAAGACGACCGAGACUCAGGAUCAGAAUAAUAAUAAAAAGGAAGCUCCUGGUUCUGGACUCUUGCAGCUGCCCCCCGAACGAACUGGCGGCGCUCUGUCCUCCCUUGCGAGACGCUCAUGGAUUUCUUCGUCAAAGACACCUUCGCCCUCGGCCAAUGCAACUGAGUCCUCAGACUACGUGAGCCAUGCAUCGCGCGAGCGUUCCCUGAGUACAUCGUCAAAUAAGCUCAAGAAGCUCACGCGCAAGCGACAAGGCUCUACCAAUGACAACGAAGGCAGCAAAUCCUCCGACUCCCUGGGCAAACUCGGGUCGUAUCUGGGGAAAAUGAAGCAGCGCCCUCAGAAUGGCCUGUCCAAGGGUGCGGCGCAACAUGAUACUGAUAGUGCGGCAUCCUCGAUUACAAGCAGUGCACCCGCCUCGACAGCCACGAGACCUUCCAAUGCGGCAUCGGACAAUACGUUUCCAUCUGUUGUUGUAGAGGAGGUAGCCCGGCCACCGACUGCACAAGCGCGCGAUCCUCUUUGGUCCGUCUUCAAGAACCUCGAGUCUGAAUAUGCAAAAUUCCAGGCCAAGAAGCCAGCAGAGAAGAUGAGGCAUGUGCGGACGGUACUGAUCCCUUUUCUGCGAGGUCACGCUUCUCAUCCUUCGACCAAGAAAUUGACUUUGGAACAUGUCGAGCAAAGGGCCAAUAUUCUCCACAAGUGGUGGAACGGAUUACUGGAACUGCUCGAUGGGCCUUCACAAGGAGCUGUGCCGGGCACCGACCGACCGACCUUGCACGAGGUGACUACGCUUGUCAUGAUGCGGCCAGAGUGGCGAUUGAACACGCCCUAUUUCCGACCAUUAUCAGAACGGAACCUGGGGGAAGCUUCGAAGCGCAGAGGACAGCCGCAGUCUGCCAACGCAGCCAACGACUCAGAAGGUUCUGUAGACUCUGACUUCAUCGCCGAGUCUGCAGAACACAAUGUGCGGACCAUGUUUACAUCCAACCUGAUGCGACAGAUGGCGAUUGUGGUGGACAAGAUGUCACAGCGUCACAUGCCGUGGAGUAUGAUCAACUUUGCCGGAAAAGCCUGCGCCUAUGCCUUCUUCUUUGUCCCAGGAGUUGCCGAUGUCCUGGUGAGCCUAUGGUCUUUGACGGCUGACUUGAUGCGACGCGUGGCAGACGAAUUCCAUGUCCAGCGACGAGGCAAAGGCGAGAGCGAUGAUAUUGUGGCCCUCUUCCCGCCUAAUCUGAACAGGCUGAGCUGGACCUCUGUCAAGGGCAUGGCGCGCAUACUACGAGAGCCCACGAAACUUCCCCAUGCCGCAGCAAAGAUCAACUGGAAUGGACCGUGGAUGGCCAGAUGGCGUGGCCGUGAUACUGACCUCUUCUUCAUCUUUUGCAAGUAUUAUUUCAUACUUGCGGAAGAGUUCAUACCUUCAGAGCUUGCUCUGGUGGAAAAGAGCCGAAUCCCAGCGUUUGUGCUGGUAAAUGCCCAGAUUCUCUCGGCACUCGAUUCAACAGUUCAUCGACAAGCAGCUUUCAACAACGCCAUGGCAUUCCCUUCUGCAGAUGGGAUCGAUGCUACUGCCACCGCACUACCAAUCGCGCCGAACAAUAACGUAAUGAAAGGAAUGACCGAGAACCGACUGAUUGUGCUACUCAAGGACUUUCUAUCGGCCAGCUCAGUAGCUUUCAUGGCCGCUCGCCAUACGUUUGCUGAGGCUUUCAUGGCUUUGAUGAAGGCAUCUGCGAAGCGCACAUCACUUUUUGAUCAUAAUGCUUGUUUUACACUGUGCGACUUCCUCGAAGAAUCUUUGGUUGCCUACGAUGGUUACGUCGACGUACACAGACCGACCUUGGAAUACAUUGACUGGCCCUUUUGGAUUGAUGUUUGCAGGAAGAUGAUGGCUUCUAGUAAUGCCGGUUCCGAGGUUCGCGUACUAUCGCUUGUCUUUUCAAUUUGGGACGCCAUUGUCAGUAAUCCGAGCCGGAAAGAGCUGGUCUGCUUGGACUGGCUUCUACAGGAGGAUAUUUUCUACAAAUGGUUCAAUAAUUGGUGCCCCAUGGUCCGAGCAUACUACAUGCGUCUCGUGUGUUGGCGAAUGUGUCGGAAUACUGGGAGCCCAUCAGAGCUUGAUACCAAAAUCUUCGCAGUGGUCAACAGUCGACUGAAGACUGUCUGGUCCCACUAUAUUUGGCUAAAGCAGGAAGCAGAUUCGAAAGGCAAGGUUCCUCCCUCGACAGCUCCAUGUUGGCCGACUCCCGGAAAGCGCUUUGUCAUUAUUCGAACAGAGGUGCCGGCUGCCCAAUCGGGACUGAUGUUGGGCUUUGAUUCAUUUUCAACGCCCAUGGGACCUUUGGAAACUGCUGUGAGCCCGCCAAGCCCCCGGGGCUCAGCAGAGAUGUCAGCGGUCGAGCCGGCUGCAUACAAGAAGAAAUGGAACCUAUUCGGAAAGGUUCUUUCGUUUGGAAGUACAAGUGGUCCCAAUGAUUUGGAGACUAUCAGGCGCGAAACCGCAGCGGCACGCAAGCACUCAGCGCCUCCAAAGUCGAGCGAAACGCCUACUCCUCCAGCAUCUGACACGGACAGCCUAGGUUCAUCGCCAACUUAUGAAGCACUCCAAUAUGUAUUCCGUUUCACUCUGCAAUGGCAUUCACAGGGAGCGACGGCCCCACUGGGUAGAAUCCUGACACGGCCUCGACUACCAGCACCCGCUCAAUCAUGCAUUAAUGCGCAGGCAAACCAGGGAGAUGGAAGCCCACCGCCACUGCCCGCGAGCAGGCCGGCUCCCACGAGAGCAUUUUCGGGAAGUGCCAAUAGUGGCCUCAUCGACGCUGCCAAAAAUGCCAAUCCUGGGGAUGUUUCGCCCACAACCGUCAGGACAAUGAUGCAGUACGCCGAUGAUGACAUUUCAGUGUCACUCAGCCCUAUCGAACAAAGAAGCAGCAAUGGCCAGUCGCCAUGGUCUGCCCCCCAGAUAGCAACUUCGGAAACCCUCGUCGGUCCUGUGAAACCAAUGGGAAUCUAUAUGCAGUCGUCGACCUACGCAGGUCGUGCUCUUGCAGAAUGGAGCACAGUGGUGGCCGAGUGCAACAGCUUCGUCGACCGAAGACGCGAGGAAGGUGUACUCAGUCUUGAAGAUGUCGAGGUCCCUGCAUUGGGCGUGGAGGGUUUUAGAAAGAUUGGCUAG